GUCGUUCAAGGGGCCGUCAUGGGGGUUGUGCCAUUUAUAGUAGGACUAAAUUUAAAUGUACUGAAAGGCUGGACUUUAGUUCACUAAAUAUAUGUAAUGUUUUCGAAUGUUGUGCUGUUCAACUAAAAUUCGAAUGUCGCAAGUUGCUCAUUAUUUGUGUUUAUAGGCCCAACACUGCACCACUUGCUGAUGUGGGUUUAUUUCUUGAACAGCUCAGGGCAGUUCUUGAACGAUGCGCCACAGAGAAGGUUGAAUAUAUUCUGUGAGAGAUCUAAACUUCAGUAUCCUACAUCGAUUCACGUUCUAAAUGGUACUGUUCGGGUGGAGGCUGAUGUCAGGUUUUUGGGGCUGGUUCUUGAUAAACAUCUGAAAUGGGGACCCCAUAUCGAGCAAUUAAGAAGUAGACUUAACUCCACCUGCUAUGCACUUUUCAUGUUGAGAAGUCAGGUUGAUUUCGAACUCCUUAAAUUGGUUUAUUAUGCAAACUUCCAUUCGCUAAUUUCCUAUGGAAUUAUUUUCUGGGGAUGUUCCACUCACGUGGACACAAUUUUUGUAACUCAAAAAAGAGCAUUACGUACCAUGUUAAGAUUAGGUUAUAGAGCGAGUUGUAGAGGACUGUUUAAGGGAAAUAAUAUUCUGACUGUUUACGGUGUGUACAUUUAUAAAUUGUUAAUAUUCUUCAGUAAAAACAACCAUUACUUCAGAGAUUUCAGGAAUUUGAAUAACACAAGAUCUACUUUCAGUUCAGGGGGACUAUUUACCUACAGUUGGAUGGCAGUGCUAUGGGAAUCCUUUGAGCACAAUUUAGCAGAAAUUAUAAUGGACGAAUUGGUUUCUUCCGUAAUGGCUACUUUAACAUUCAUGAUCCCGUUUUUCUGGCUAUAUGUUGACGACUCAAUAACAGCAAUACCCGAGGGAUGCCCCGAUAUAAUACUUGAGGCUUUCAAUUCCUUCCACUCUAAGAUACAGUUUACCAUCGAGAGAGAAGAGAACAUGAAAAUAACGUUCUUGGAUGUGGAAGUUCAGAGGACUGAGAGUGGAGAACUGAAGAAAAACUGGUAUAUCAAGCCAACAAAUUCUGAUGGAAAUUGGACAAUGGAAGAAUUGGCGUCGAUUUUAAAAGAUUGGGUUGUGAACACGAGAAAAAAAGAUGGUUCAGAGUUUGAAGAAGAUACGGUCAAAACCAAGUGGAACCUAACAAGUAAGUAA